UUUAAAUUCACUUGAAGCUAACCAGUUGACCGGUAAGAGCAGUCUGCAAUAAUCAACAGCUUGGGUUUGGCUGUUACUGAGAAUAUCUGGACGAGUCCAGCUUCAUCCUUUUCAAACUGGAAGCCAAGUUCAACAGUAAUGAUUAUUUUUAGCUAGAAUGAGAAACAAUAGUUGAUUUGUGAUGAAAAUGGAGAAGCUUAAACUCUUUGCUGUUCUUUUCUUAACAUGGAUUCCAGUCUAUGAAUCUCAGAACAACGCCACUAAAGAAAUAUUUGCAGACGUGGUGUUCCUAGUUGAUGGCUCCAAAGGCAUGGGAGACAAUAUGUUUCAGCAGGUGAAAACAUUCCUUAACAAAGUCGUACAGCAACUAGAUGUCCAAGCAAAUAAAUACAGAAUUGGAGUAUCACAGUUCAGCGAUGAUGCCCAAGCGGAGGUCCUUCUGAACACUUUUAAAGGAAAGAAUCAAGUGCUGAACCACAUCAAAAAGAAUCUUGUGUACAAAGCUGAGAGAGUGGGAGAGCUGAAGACUGGGGUUGCCAUCAAACAUGCUAUCGACGUCCACUUUAAAGAGUCUUCUGGAAGUCGCCUUGUGGAAGGCAUCCCUCAGUUUUUAGUCAUCAUUACCUCUGGAAGUUCGAAGUAUGAUCCAUUUCAACAAGCUGUCAACUCAGUAAAAAAGCAUGGUGUGAAAAUUGUUCCUAUUGGAGUCCAGAACACCAACAUGAAGGAGUGGGAAGAUAUGGGCAUAAAGUAUUUCAAUUUAUCUGCAGACAACCUGACUCCUUUAUCUCGCAACAUACACAACUUGAUAAAAACUGAAAAAGAAAAUCAGUUUAAGAGAGCAGGCCCACCACCAGCAGUAUGUCAAAAUGCUUCUGCGGCAGACAUUGUCUUUUUAGUCCAACAUUCUAGCAACAUCGGCAUGCCAAACUUUCACCAAAUUCAAGUGUUCCUCUACAAGAUUGUCGACUCCUUGAAUGUUAGCAACAAUACAGUGAGAGUUGGUUUGGUAAUCUACAGUAACGAAUCGAAAGUGGAGUUUUUCUUUAACACAUAUACAAGUAAGGCUGACGUUUUGCAGCAUAUAAAGGAAUUACCAUAUGUGGGAAGGACAGGGGGCCCCAAUACUGGUGCUGCCAUUGAUUACGUGAGGAAAGAAUUUUUUGCAGGUAAUGGGAGCAGGGGUGUUCAGCAAAUUGCAGUUCUCAUCACAGACAAGGAUUCCAGGGACAAUGUUAGCCAGGCUGCUACUGACCUUCGGCGUGCUGGGGUGAAAGUCUUCACUGUGAGAAUCCAGGACACCAAUACAACAGAGCUGACGGAGAUUGCAUCAAAUCCCCCGCAUAAAUUUAUCACAACUGUGGACACAUUCUUACAGUUAUCAACUCUUGAGGACAUAAUACAAACCAGGAUUUGUGAUGAGAUUUUCACGCAAGCAUUUAAAAUAUCUGACCUCACACACUUACUCAAAGAAGGCUGUGUUGAAACAGAAGAAGCUGAUAUCUACUUUCUGAUGGAUGGCUCAGGAAGCAUCAAACCACAGGACUUUUUAGAAGUUAAAACAUUCCUUAUAGAAAUGGUUGAGAUGUUCAACAUUGGGCCUGACAAUGUGCGGAUCGGAGCAGUACAAUAUGCUUCCAAUCCAGAACUAGAAUUAAAUAUUACUCAUCACAGCAGUAAAAUAGCCAUACAACAGGCUAUCCAGAAUAUCAGACAAGUAGGAGGAGGAACACGCACCGGUGAAGCUCUGCAUUUCAUGCUGAAAUGCUUUCAAUCUGCUGUAACAACUCGACCAACCACGGUACCCCAGUACCUUGUAACGCUAACCGAUGGAGAGUCAGAAGAUGAGGUUAGACAGGUAGCUGAAACCCUACGGAAAAAAGGAGUUCUAACUUAUGCCAUUGGUGUAAAAGAUGCCAACAAAACACAGCUCCUAGAAAUCUCAGGGUCAGAUGACAGGUUUUUCUACGUCUACAACUUUGACUCCCUGAAAGAUAUAAAGAAUAAAGUUGUCCAAGAAAUCUGUUCACAAGAAGCUUGCAAGAAAGUUAAAGCAGAUAUUAUUUUUCUAAUCGAUAGUUCAGGCAGCAUCGUAGAAGAAGACUUUAAAAGAAUGAAACAAUUUGUGGAGAAUAUUGUAAAAAAAUCAGACAUUGGGGUAGAUAAAGUCCAAGUUGGAGCAAUACAGUUCAGUUACACACAAAAAGAAGAGUUUACACUGAACAAAUUUUCUCUAAAAACGGAUUUGCAGGAGGCCAUCAGGAACAUGUCACAGCUUUAUGGUGGGACUCUAACUGGACAAGCUCUUAGUUUCACAUCUAAAUAUUUUGAAAGCGCAAAAGGAGGUCGGUCCGAUGUUGAUCAGUUCCUCAUCGUAAUUACCGAUGGAGAGGCUCAAGAUGAAGUUGCAGCUCCUGCUGAAGCUCUACGAAACAAAGGAAUUACAGUGUUCUCCAUCGGAGUAUUUGGCUCCAAUAACACACAACUGGAGGAAAUAAGUGGCUCACAAAACAAGGUUUUUUUUAUUGAGAGUUAUGAUGCUUUAAGUAGUAUAUUGAAUACGGUGUUUUUUGGUAUCUGCCACCCUCAAAAAGAGUGCCAAAGGAUAGAGGUUGCUGAUAUUAUGUUUGUUGUAGAUUCAUCGGGUAGUAUUAAAGAGGAUGAUUUUAAUAGUAUGAAGGAGUUCAUAAUUGCUUUGGUAAAUCACUCUGAAAUUGGCAAAGAUAAGGUUCAGAUUGGGGCAAUCCAGUAUAGUCAUGAGCCAGUGAAAGCAUUUGACCUAAAUGAACACUUUAACAAGCUAAAACUCCGUCAGGCAAUCAACGAAAUGGAGCUCAUUAGAAGUACCACUGCAACAGCAAAAGCUCUGAAUUUUUCCAAAGAACAUUUGGGAGAAUUGUAUGGUGGACGCAAAGAAAAGGGAGUCCCACAGAUUCUUAUAACAAUUACUGAUGGGGUAUCGGAUGAUACAGACAGAUUAAAUGAAACUGCCAAUUAUAUUAGAAAUGCAGGCAUUACCACCUACGCUGUUGGAAUAAAAAAUGCAAACCCAAAUGAGCUACUGGAAAUUGGAGGAACAAAAGAGCGAUAUUUCUAUGUGGAUGACUUUGAAAAAUUAAAAGGUCUGCAAAAUAAAUUUUCGCAAAUUAUCUGUGCCAACACCACCACAUAUUGUAAAAUUGAGAGAGCAGACAUAGUCUUCUUAAUUGAUGGCUCGGACAGUAUAUCGCCCACGGACUUCCAAACCAUGAAGGAAUUCUUAAAGGCAAUGGUGAUCAACUUUGAUAUUAGACCAAAUAGAGUGCAUAUAGGUGUGGCUCAGUUUAGCCAUAAGUAUGCGAAACAGUUCUACCUUCGUUCAUUCACUGACACAAGCACAUUUCAGAACCAAAUUGAAAACAUCAGACAGAUCACUGGCAGUACGUACAUAGCAAACGCCUCAGGAAUGUAAAGGAUUUUUUUUACUACAUCUGCUGGAAGCCGAAAAAGUGAAGGUGUCGAGCAGAUUUUACUUGUGAUCACAGAUGGAGUUGCACAGGACAGAGAUGAAGUGUACCAAGCUGCUGAAGACCUACGACAAGAUAGCAUCACCAUUUAUGCACUGGGAAUUGGAGACAUUGGACGUUUAUCAGUUGAUUCAGAUUGCUGGUACUCCAGACAGAAAAUUCAUGGUAAAAAACUUCAAUGAACUAGUAACAAAUUAAAACAAGAUUUGUCCGGAACAUAUGUGAAGACCCUAGAGAUGCAAAAUGUGCCAUAGACAUUGCAGUGGGGUUUGACAUUACAAGGUCAAAAACCAGGACAACAAAUAUUUUCUGACCAGCACAACUGCAAGUAUUCCUGCCUGAAAUUUUAAAAGAAAUGACAUCUCUUCAGACUAUCAGCUGUGUUUCUGGUUCCCAGAUACAGAUCAGCUUCGGCUUUGAAAUCACCAAAUCAGAACCUGUCUACGAAACUCAGUUUAAAACGCUUAGCCCAGACAUUGUAACUGAGUUGAGCUCACAAUGGGUUGUUAAACCAUCUUACCUAAUAGAGCAUUUCUGGAGUCGCUGUGAAGAAGUUUGAAAAGUCUGAAAACAAAACAAAGGUCUUACUGAUUUUUACUGAUGGAUUAGAUGACACUGUGGACGAACUCAAGGAUGUGUCAGAAAGGCUCCGAAUGGAAGGAUUGAAUGCCCCUUAUCACAGUUGCUCUAGAAGGAACGUCAACAAUCGAUAAUAUUCAACAUAUUGAGUUCGGAAGAGGAUUUAGUUACAAACCACAUUAACCGUUGGAAACCGAGAUUUAUCCAGAAGUUUAAAUAAACUAAUUGAUCACGUUGCUGAAAAGUCAUGCUGUGGUAUAUGCUGUAAAUGCUUAGGAGAUGAAGGUCUCAUUGGAAAUAAAGGACCGAAAUGGACAAAAGG